AAAAACGAAGAGCGCGAUUUUAAUUGACAGAUAAGAUAAUUUCAUUUGAAUAUGUUUGUAUUGCGAAUUUCUCCUCUUACCAAUCGGAAAGAUCAGCUAUUAGGCCCGAGAACUUCAGAAGUAUGUGUAUACAAAAAACGCCGGGAACCAGGUCUUCAAGAUGACAACGAUUUUGUUUCCUUCUUCGUAUUUAGUUUAACAAGAUGGCCGAACAUCUCUAAAAAUAUGGAAGAAGGCAAAGAUUAUCUAAAGCCAUUAGACAACAGUUGUAAUUCAGAAACUGAUACAUCACUGACUUUGUUGACAGCAACAGUAGCUACUGAUGUUGCAGCGGAUAUUAACCUUGGUUCCCUUAGUGACAUGGCUGACACGCUGAAUGCUACAGAUGUUCAUACUGUGACAGAGGAUUCCACUGAUCAUCAGAUUAAAGUAGAUGGGAUUUUAUCAAGUACACCAACAACACUUUUCCAAGAAAAUUUAGUGCUUGUGGAAACAUCUAAAGGGUUAUUAUUGACAAACCUAGACAAUAGCAAUUUUAGUAACAGCUUUGUAAGCUCAGGGACAGAUAACCGAUGCCAGACAGUCAUAUCGUCAAGUCUUCCAACAACAAUACCAGUAUUUUCAACAUUUGUUGGUGCUGGGGAUGACAGUCAGGUCACAAUGUACGGAACUGUUGGAGAGGGAAAUGUUCUGAUUCCUGCCAACAUAUUCCAAGAUGCUGAUUCAACCUCUGAACUCCAGCCGAGUAUCUCAGUGGCUGAUAGUAAUACUGCGGAGGAUAGUCAACCUAAG